UGUCAUGUUUUGUUUUGUAGAGCGGCGGUGCAGUAGUAAGACGCCUAAAUUAUUGGACCCAAUGGUACCUCGACAUUCCACCGGGUGAUAUUUGCAUCGAGCACCAGAUCGGCUUAAAUGCCGAUGGCAAAAUCUCGAAACCUGAGUUGGUAAUCAGAAUGCGGUUAGAUGGGAAAGAAGAAAAAAAAACAUUUGACAAAAGUACAAUAACUGCCAGUUGUAUGCUGGUCUCAUGCGUGUUCCUGCUGCUAGUGCUGGCGGUCUACCUGGUGCUGCCGGAGCUGCGCAACCUGGCAGGCUGGAUGAUGAUGACUUACGUGUCUUCUCUCACCGCAACAUUCAUGACCAGGACCUUGCAGAUUCUUCUUAUCAAAUACACCAUGAUAUCGAAGGCCAAGCGCGUAUGGAUAGGUCUUCUAGCGCAUUAUACUGUGGUGGCGAGUUUUACUUGGAUGAAUGUCAUGUCCUUCGACAUCUGGUGGUCAAUGAGGGGUUUCCGUAAGAUGCGUCAGAUCCACCGGCGCGGCAUCCUGGUGAAGUUCGGGUGGUACAGCCUGUACGGCUGGGGCGCGCCGCUGCUGCUCAUCCUUUUUAUCAUCAUUGUCGAGAACCAAGACUUAACUCAUGUGCCGGAUUUCGUUAAAUCCAACUAUAUGAACCAAAUGGGUUCUAUCGAAGGGGAAGAACUGCUGUUGUACUUAUACUGUCCGAUCUUAAUCACGACCGGCGUCAACAUUAUGUUGUUCCUGAUGACCGCGUACAACAUAUGGCGCAUCAAGCAUGGCGUGACUCAGCACAACGCUGGCAACAGCGGGAGGAACAAGAAGGAUGAGACCAGAUUUGGCAUCUACCUUAAGCUAUCACUCGUUAUGGGCCUCAACUGGAUUCUGGAAGUAGUAAGUGCCUUCAUAGAAAAGGACUCCGUGUUGUGGUAUGCUCCAGACGUCUUUAACUCGCUCACCGGACUGUUCAUCUUUAUAAUAUUCAUUUGCAAGUGGAGCAUUAUCAUCCAACUCAGUAAAAGGUUCGGCAUUGGACAUGACUUAAUACGGAAAUGGCAGCCGGUUGACUCCACCAAUAGUACCAAUACUGAUAGUACGCGGUUAAACAGCAGAAAUAGAAGCAGCAGAAGAAAAAUCCUAGACUCCGAAACGGAUGCAAGUGAUGUUGAAGAUCAAGAGAAAAAAUACUAUAUCGACCAUGGAGACUUGAAAUUGAAUAAUAAACUAGAGGAUGUUUGUUUUUUGUGCGCCCUCAGAUGGUUCUGUGUAAAUUUAGUCCACAACUCACAACUAUGGUCCAAAUUCAAAUUGCAGUAA